GGGCGCUGUAAAUUAACAUGGCGAAAGUUGCAAGUCAAAAUUUCGGACAAACAAUGGGUGAUUCGACAAGACCCGAUUGGCUAUCGGCUGAACAUCUUACAGGGACAUCUAUCAUGGCUGUGGAGUUUGCUGAUGGUGUUAUUAUUGGAGCUGACUCCAGGACCACAACAGGGUCAUAUAUUGCCAACCGUGUCACAGACAAGCUGACAAAGGUGACAGAUACAAUCUAUUGCUGUAGGUCAGGGUCUGCUGCAGAUACACAAGCCAUUGCUGACAUUGUUUCAUAUCAUCUAAACUUUCACAAAAUGGAGCUUGGUGAAGAGCCCCUUGUAAAGACUGCAGCCACUACAUUUAAAGAACUCUGCUACAGUUAUAGAGACAGUCUCAGUGCAGGUAUUAUAUGUGCUGGCUGGGAUAAAAAGCUAGGAGGACAGGUCUAUUCCAUUCCUAUUGGCGGUAUGUUAGUGCGCCAACCAUUCUCCAUCGGAGGUUCAGGUAGUACAUACGUCUAUGGACAUGUGGACGCAACAUUCAAAGAGGGCAUGACAAGAGACGAAUGCAUCAAAUUUGUAUCAAAUACAUUGGCCUUGGCUAUGUUCCGUGAUGGGAGCAGUGGUGGCAUCAUACGAUUAGCAAUCAUCACAAAAGAUGGAGUAGAACGUCAAGUUAUCCUAGGAAAUGAACUACCAAAAUUCUUUGAAGGAUAAUAAAUAAAUGAGAUCUGGACUUAAUAGACUAUGAUUGUUAUGGUAGAGUUGUUCUGUUUCAGUGCUGAUAUAUUUAUGGCAAUCAGCUGGUUAGUAAAAGAUAUCAAUACCUGACCAACUGUAACACAUCAAAGAUACAACAAAACAGAAAAUGUGUUUGUCUGUUUUUACAGAAGUAGCUCACAUGUAAACAUCAUUAAUAAUAUAGACAUUGCCAAUAUGUGAACCGUUAUUGCAAACUAGCCUCAGUUCAUGUUGAGAAAGAGAUACAGACACUUACUGCAACAUUCUCUUAUUGUAGUUUCCAGAUAAAAUGUCCAAGCUGAGUUACAUCGCCUUUCCUUGUACAUUAAUCAUAUUUAUGGAAAUUCUUAGAUAACGGCAGACACAUUGUAUUAUAGAGAUAUUACUUGAAUCAAUAAAAAGAUAACAAUAAAAUUGAUGUGUUUAAUUUCUACAGGAUCAGAUUUAGAGUUGGGAAUAUAUAAUUUCACAGAUCUGAUUAUAAAUGGACAAUUGAAUGAAUGGAAAUCCAGGGACUUAGUUAGAUUAAACAGGAGGUUCACUCUCCAUGUUUCUAAUUUAUCAAGCAUAAUAUUAACUGAAAAAUGUUCCCAAUUCACCCCUAGUGCACUCUCGCGGAGUUCAUCAUCUGUUGUUUAACAUUUAUUUAAGCAUGUAUAAUCUGUCGUUAAUCAAGAUGAAACGGUACUAUUCUUUUGUGUUGAGGAAUGAAAUGUCAUUUGGUAAUUAGACGAAUCUCUUAUGACUGUAUGACUGAUACUCCAGGUAUCACUCAACAAUGAAGAAUUGUAAUUCACUUUGAGAGGUUGUGGUUACCGUUUGUUGACCUAUCUGUCUGAAUAUGUUACUGUCAAAUACAAUUUCCUUCCAAGACAUAGAUUGUUAUCUCUACUUCAGGGGUCCCCAGGCCAUAUAUCAUGAAUGCACAAUUGAAUCUUCUAAUAUGUCAUGCCCUUUGGAGAGUAUGUUAGCACACACUUAGUUAACUUAGAUGAUCUGCUUAAUCUAAGGCAUUGGAAAUAAAAAUUACAUAAACUGUUAUGUACCAGAGAACUUGGCAUUGGUUUUAUUCAAAUGGCUGGAAUAUUGACCAAUUAUCAGUUUCCUGAGUGUCAUAUAUGAUCAAUUAUCAGUUUGUAAGACUACAA